UGCAGUGGCUAGUCUAUGGGGUCCAUACAAAGACAUCUGGCAGACAGUGGAAAGUGCCUUGCUGAGAAGACAGCCAGAAGCCUUGCAUGUCCUGGAUAUCUUGUUAAAGAAGCACAAACCUGACUUCAUCUCCCUGUUUAAAAACCCACCAAAGAGUCACCAACAGCAUGAAAAAAUCCAAAAAGCCAGCACAGAGGGAGUGGCUAUUAAAGGCCGGCAGGGGACUCAGCUCCUCCCAGAGUCACUCAUCAAGGAGGCCUUUAUCCUCAGCGACUUAUUCAAUAUCGGAGAAGUGGCAGCUGUGGAGCUUCUUCUAGCUGGAGAACACCAACAGCCUCACUUUCCUGGUCUGACACGUGGACUGGUCGCGGUUCUGUUAUACUGGGAUGGAAAAAGAUGUAUUGCCAAUUCUCUAAGAACUCUGGUCCAGUCCCGGAAAGGAAGGACUUUUACAUUGGAUCUCAGUCCAGAGGUUGUGGCCAUGACAACCCAUUUCACUAAUGAUCUCAUGGAGAGUGGGCUGACUCAGAAGAUCCUGAUCCUAGUUUCUCAAAUCAACGUGAACAAUGAAUUUGACAAACUCCAGAAAGAACGAGGGCUCGGCAACGAGAAACAUCGAAAGGAGGUGGCAGACCUCAUAAAAGAAUGCCGUGAGUCUUUGGCGGAGAGCCUCUUCUCCUGGGCCUGCCAGUCUCCUCUGCGUAAAGAUGACACCUUGGUUCUGAUUGGAUACCUAGAAAAAGUUACCCUGGAAGCAGAUGGCACCCUGGACAGCGUCAAUCUGUACCUUCUUAUGGCCCUCCUAUACUGCUUGGAUGUGGGUUUUUUGGAGCAUGGGACAGAAGAUCGAGAUGAACUAAUUCAACAGUCCCCUCUUCUCAACGAGAGGCAGUACGUCACAGCCAUUCACCAUCGCUUGCAAGACCCCAAGCCAUGGAAAUCAGCUGGGCUUCAAGCUACUGUGCGUCUGGCAUGGGCCCUCACUCUCCGAGGUGUAUCUCAGUUAUCGGAAGUUACAGCUCUUGCAGAAUUCACAGAGGCCGAUGAAGUAAUAGCUGAAAUGGCUAUAGGAGGCAAUGCCUUCCUAUUCCUUACAGACGCAGUGGUGUGUGCCGAAACCUUUUUCCACGAAGAAUUCUUCAUCCGCAGGAUUCACUCUCUCAUCACGGAUUUUCUGACGCGAAUGCCCAUGAAAGUUAAACAGCUAAGAAACCGGGCAGAAGAAGAUGCUCGUUUAAUUCACAUGAGCAUACAAAUGGGUAAUGACCCCCCCAUGUCACUACGACGAGAUCUGGAACAUGUGAUGUUGUUGAUUAGUGAGCUGUACAAGAAAGAUCCCUUCCAUCUUGAACUGGCUCUAGAAUAUUGGUGUCCAGCUGAACCACUCCAAAGCACCACUUUAAUGGGGUCUUAUCUAGGGGUUCCACAUCAAAGACCGCCUCAACGUCAGGUGUUGUUGUCCAAAUUUGUGAGACAGAUGAGUGAUUUAUUACCACCCACUCUGUACAUCCCGUACCUGAAGAUGCUACAGGGACUGGCCAGUGGCCCGCGCUCUUCUCACUACUGCUUCAGCUUCCUGAAAGCCAAUGGUAGCAGCCAUGCGGAGAACUUGCAGGCAGCGGGGGGCAGUCCUGUUUCUUGGGAUCACUUUUUCCAUUCACUUGGACUGUACCAUGAACACUUACGGAGAGACCUACCCAGCCAAGACAGUAUUCACCUACGCCACCCACCGCUUAGGGGAAUCACUCAACGUGAAAUGGAUGGGCUUAUCGCAUGCCUGCAGCUCACCGCCACCGUCAUUGAAUGGAGUGAGAGCGCCCGUCUGGCUCUUUGUGAGCAUCCCAGUGGACACCGGUAGUCGUGAUGCUGGGAUUGCUGCAGUGUAGUAUCGCUCCUGUUCUGAAAGCCGAACUGCUGAAAAUACUAGCUGCAUUUGGGAAGUCUCCAGAAAUCGCCGCUCCUCUCUGGCAGUCCCUGGAAUACACUCAGAUUUUGCAAACCGUCAGAGCCCCUGGACAAAGACAAGCAGCUGGAAUAGAGGUGGAGUUGAAUGAAAUUGAGUCUCGUGCUGAGGAGUACCCGCUCACCCGAGCCUUCUGCCACCUCAUUGGCACCUUGGUGGAGAGCUCUUUUCCAUCCAACCUGGGAGCUGGAUUGCGACCUCCUGGGUUUGAGCCAUACCUGGAUUUUCUCAGAGACUCUGUCUUCCUCCGUUUCAACACUAGAGCUUACAGAAGGGCUGCAGAAAAGUGGGAGGUAGCAGAAGCUGUGCUUGAUGUUUUUUACAAGCUCCUCAGAGAUUAUGAACCACAGCCUGAGGAUUUUGUAGACCAAUAUGUGGAGAUGCAAGGAGAAGAGAGAGCUGCUUUUAAGCCCCCUGGUUUCACCCUUAUGCAUCACCUACUUAAUGAUUCCCAUAUGUUGUCACUGUGCCUUAGCCUGCUGGAAGAGGGUGUUACACAGUUGGACACCUACUCUCCUUUUCCAGGUAAGACGCACCUGGAGAAAGCAGCGGCCUAUUGCUUCAUGAUCCUGAACCUUGCCCUACAGAAAGAGAAUCUCUUCAUGGACCUACUGCGGGAAAGCCACCUCUCCCUCAUUGUCACUCCUCUAGAACAGCUUCUCCAGGGCAUAAACCUCCGAUCAAAGAAGGCGGAUCAUGUGGUGAAUAUUGCAAGGUACCUUUAUCACAGCAACAGCAACCCUGAACUGGCCUUUGAAAGCUCCAAGAUUCUGCAUAGUAUAUCCUGUAAUGUCAACAUGCAAGCCAAGCUUGUGGGAGAUUUUACUCAGGACCAGAAUAUAAGCCAGAAGCUAAUGGCUGGUUUUGUGGAAUGUUUGGACAACGAAGAUAUAGAGGAAGCUGUUAAUCCCAUGGAAGAAUCUGAACAGGAAAGUGAGCAGGCCUCUGUUCAGUACAAAACCAAAAUUCACAUCCUGGACCUUUUGAUUACCUCUUUGGAAAUUAAACCACCAAACUUGGCCCUCUAUCUGCUAGGGUUUGAGCUGAAGAAGCCAGUGAAUACAACAAAUCUUCAGGAUUCUGGUGUUUUGGGCUGCCCACGAACCUGUCUUCACUCUAUUCUGGAUAUCCUUAAGAAAGGGACUGAUGGACGAACAGGACCAAUUGCUGUCAAAGAGUCCCCACACCUGGCAGAACUGUGUUAUCGGGUGAUCUACCAGCUAUGUGCUUGUGCCGAUACCUCUGGCCCAACACUGCGUUAUCUUCGGACCAGCCAAGAUUUCCUCAUUACCCAGCUGCAGCACUUGCCUUUCUCUGUGGCAGAACAUGAGAUCGCUGCUCUGAAUCAGAUGUCCUGGCUGAUGAAGACAGCAUCUAUUGAGCUGCGCAUUACAUCCCUGAACCGCCAGCGCUCCCAUACACAUAGGCUGCUUAGCUUACUGCUGAAUGACAUGCCUGUGCGACCAUUUGCAGCAGACGGUGAAUUGGGAAUGGAAGAUGAAAGCAGAAAUAUUAGUGCUUUUCUUCACUUUGACACCACCUCCAAAGCCCGUAGAAAGAUUCUGAGCAUUCUAGACUCAAUCGACUUCAGCCAGGAGAUCCCAGAGCUGCCACAGUUGGAUUUCUUUGACCGCAGCCAGAUAGAGCAAGUCAUGGUUAACUGCGAGCACAAGAACCGCCAAGGGCAGACAGUUUGCAGCAUCAGGCAUCUCCAGCGUAUUCUAUUGGCAGAAGUUAAUGCCUUACAGGGAAUGGCAGCGAUUGGGCAGAGACCUUUAAUCAUGGAGGAAAUAAAUACUAUCCUGCAGUUUGUUGUCCAGAGGAACCGACUCCUACAAUGUCUCCAUGCCAAACGUCAUGUCCUGGAGUCUUGGAGACAGUUGGUGGAGAUCAUACUGACAGCCUGUCCUCAGGAUCUGAUUCCGGCUGAGCAAAGACAGCUGAUUAUCCGAGACCUGCUGCAGGAUGUACAUGAUAAGAUCCUGGAUGACAACGCCACAAAAGAGCUGAUGCCUGUGGUAGCUGGUGCCGUAUUUACUCUCACAGCACACCUGCAGCAGGCCAUAUACACUGAACAGAAGCAACCAAUGUCCACUUCAGGGAUGAACCAGUCACAGUACGUCCAGAUGUUGGAUGGGUCUUUUGCUGCUUCUGCAGGAGGUGAAUCUCUGUCUACAGGAUAUGUCUCGAUCGGAGAUUCAUCACUUCAUAUGAUCCUCAGAAAACUGUUAGAAUUCAUUCUCAAGACAGGAGGUGGGCUUCAGAAAGUUCGGACCCACUUGUAUGGAUCUUUGCUUUAUUACUUGCAAAUUGCCCAGAGACCGGAUGAACCCGAUACACUAGUAGCCGCUAAUAAGACCAUGUGGGAGAGGCUGACAGCUCCUGAAGAUGUGUUUAGUAAAUUACAGAGGGACAAUCUGGCAAUAUUUGAGAGCUACUGGGCCCCUCUGAUGGAAGUUUGUCUGCAGAGAUGCCUGCGAUGGACGUGAGAUAAGCAGGAUGUUGGCACUAGCCUUGUUGGAUCGGAUGGUUUGUAUGGACAAGCAGCAACAGUGGCUUCUCUAUCUAUCCAACAGCGGAUAUCUUAAGGUGCUGGUAGACACUUUGGCUCAGGAUGACAAUGUCUUACAGAAUCUUCUAAUGCCUCAGUCUCCAGUCUUAAAGGCUCUGUACAUCUAUGAAUCCAAAAUGGCCUUUCUUACCCGAGUAGCCAAAAGCCAACAGGGUGCACUGGAGCUACUGCGGUGUGGGGUGAUUGUAAGACUGGCACAGUGCCAAGUUUACGAUAUGCGCCCAGAAGUUGACCAACACGGAUCAUAUGGGUUACGAGAUACCCCCCAUCUUUAUCUCCGCACCUCUGGAAAGAUACAGGCAGAUCUUGUUACCUGCUCUUUUGCUUUGCCAGGUGAUCCUGACCUCCAGCACGGCUCAGCACCUACAGGCAGCCGGACAGGUGUUCCAGUUCUUGGUUGCUCAUUCUGACACAAUCCAAGCUAUUCUAAGAGGCCAAGAAGGGAGCCUAGGAUCAUUACAGGAGCUUGCUCUACUCACAGGACUCCUCAGCAAAGCUGCUCUGCCAGGUGUGAUUAAUGAGUUGGACGUUAGUUUGAAUGAUGGUUCUUUGAUGGAACUGCAUGGACAUAUUAACAGAUUUCAGCGUCUCUGCUUGGCAUUAUUAAACCGCUUUGGAGGCUCAGACAAACUCAGACAGCUCAAUUUACAGAGUGAUGGAUCCCAGCUAGAUGGUGUAAGCAAAAGAGACGACAUGGAGAUGGCCAUGCAGCAGGUUUGUGCCAAUGUGAUGGAAUACUGCCAUACACUAAUGAUACAAACCUCCCCCAACCUUCAGCAAAUGGUGUGUCUAUUCACCCCCAGUCUGAGCGAGAGCACUGCUAGAGAAGGCCCAAGAUUAGACUCUCAGACGUCCCUCUUCUCCUCGUGGAGACUCCCCAGUCUUGGCAUUGUCUUGUCUCUCCUCAAGCAAUGCUCCAGCGACUUUUUCACCUACUAUGACAUCCAUCGACAGAGCGUAAGCAAGUUACAGAACGUGGAGCAACUUCCACCCGAUGAAAUCAAAGAGUUGUCCCAGUUUGAGAUGCCAGUCGGGAUAGAUAAAAUCUCCAGCACACAAAAGUAUGCUUUGGCACGGAGGAGACUAGUGAAACUCAUCAACAGCAAAGCCAAACUUUUGUCUGUCUGCUGCUAUAUCAUAGAAACAUGUCUGUUCAUACUAUGGCGCCACCUAGAAUACUACCUGCUCCAGUACACCCCAAACGACAGCCCAGAAUCAAUGCUCAACAGCACAUCUUUCAGCACUAGAAGGCUCCAAGAUACGUUGAACGACUCGAACAUAGACUUCAGGUUACAAAGCAAGAUUACCCAACAAGACAUUGAUAUGCUGCAAAGAGAUGGUGCUAAUAUUUUUGGGGAAUCCUUGCAGAAGCGCCUGCUAGACAUUGAGAGUGUCUACUGCAAAGUUCGGUCUCGGCACAGCUUCAUCCAGGCGCUGGUCAGGAGAAUAAGAGGCCUUCUUCGAGUAUCCAGAGCGUGA